CUUAACUCAUCUGGGCAUUUGGACUUUUCACCAUGGAGGCAAUUCUUGAAGACUUAAUCGCGUCGUUGAGGACUGUCUCAAAACAACUCCAAACUGAUGCCAAACCCCUCCUCCAAGAAUCCCUCCAUGAUACAGACAAGCUACCUGAUUUCCGAACCUCUGCGCUUGCAUCGGAAGCAGUUGAUCUAUUAUCGGAACUACGCCUACUUCUAGAACCCGGUCACGCAGUGCUCGCAGACCAUUUCUUAGGCUACACCAACACCAAAUGCUUGGUAGCUGCCGUUGAUCUCAACAUCCCAGACGCCCUGCGUUCUGGACCGAAGACUCUCUUUGCUCUCGCAGAAGUUAGUAAUUCGCGACAUGACCGCCUCGGUCAAGUGCUCCGGACUCUGACCAAUAAUGGCAUUUUUACCUAUGAUAUAUCAACCAAGACCUAUUCCAAUAACCAUGUCUCAACACUGCUCCAAUCGGACCAUUGGUCUCAAUGGCGAAAUUUGGUCGAACUGUAUGGAAAUGAAUUCUACGACAUGGCGCGUGGGAUUCCUGAAUCCAUUGGAGCCGGCGUAGUACGAACACCUGCGCAGAUCAACUACGAUACUGAUGAGAGCAUGUUCGACUACUUCACCGAAAAAGGCUGGAUUGAAAAAUUCCAGAAGACACUGAGCGCUGGAGCAACAGCCCAAGUCCCUGGAAUCCUCGAGGACUAUCCCUGGCACGUAGUUGCAGAUGCGUCGAUCCUAGAUGUCGGAGGUGGGACCGGAGGCUUCAUCGCAUCUCUAUUGGGAAAGUUCAAGAAUAUGAAGGGUGCAAUUCUGGACCUUCCGGAAGUGAUCCAGCAAGCCAAGAGCAAUUUCCACAGCACCGAUGGCCAGUAUGCUAAAGUCCAAGAUCAAAUCCCGGAGGAAAACCUCAUCGCUGGAGAUUUCUUUGUCGAGGUUCCUAGCUCCGAGGUGUACGUUAUGAAGUGGUGUCUGCAUGACUGGGAUGACGAAAAGGCAACUAUAGUCUUGAAGAAUAUCAGACGAGCGAUUAAAAAGGGAAACCGAAGCCGCCUAGUGAUUUUGGAAUCUGUGUUGAAGAGUGGUGAUGUAGGGCGACUCUCCCGGUACGCUGAUUUGAACAUGAUGGUAGCAGUUGGCAGCAAAGAAAGAGACGAAGAGGAGUGGAGGGCAUUAGCAGCGGCGAGUGGGUGGCAGAUAAGAAUGAUUUACGAUCUUCGAAAUGCGUGGCCAUCCGCCAUUGAAUUCUUUCCAGUUUGGGAGGAUCCGACAGUCGUGGCGAAAGAAUCAAUUCCGGAACAUUCAGUGUCAUUGGCUAACGGAGACCAAGCCGUGGAACGGCCCCUUUUGUUGAAUGGAGUUGAUGCCGUUAAACCAACAGCAGCCGAUGUCAAGGAGAAAGAGACAAGUGCAGAAUUGAUUCCCACGGAAAGCCAUGUUAACGAGACCGCUCAAGAGGAGCCUGCACCACUGCGUUCGGAAGUGCAACUUCAAGGAGAGCCAUCCCAGCCACAGACACCGGCCCAAGAACCAGCAUCAAAAGGAUUAGCAUCGGCAGAGCCAGCCCCUCUCGUCAACGGUAUUAGUACCUCGCCGAGUCAGACCACAGCGCAGAUGCGAUUCCUCGAACCUUGGGACCCAUCACGCGGCAACCCAUACAUUCGGACCAACCCUUGUCAGGGCUACGACCACAUGAACUUCAAAUGGCAGGAGCAUUCGGUGCCUAUCACCAAUGCUAGGCCGAAAAUGAACGACUUCAAUCUUGACAUUCAUGGCUUCACUUACGCUAAAGACGAAAUCUCUCCUGAUUUGAUCGACGCUCUUCGCCAAAACCAGCGCGAUACCGUGAAACAGCUUUAUUAUCCGCAAGUUACAGAGCUCGCCAUGAAGCUGACGGGGGGCAAGCGGGUAAUUGUCUUUGAUCAUACCCAUCGAAAGCGAGGGCCGGAACCCGAAAAUAUGCAAAAUGGCAACAUAGCAGAGCAGCCGGCUACAAUGGUACACUGUGAUCAAUUCGAGGAAGCUGCUAUAAGACGUUUACGAGAGAAUCUUCAUCCGUGGGAAGACGUGGAUACCGUCCUCAGGGGCCGGGUGCAAAUGAUCAAUAUCUGGCGUCCCCUGGCCGCUCCAGUUCAAGACUGGCCUCUUGCAACUAUGGAUUACCAAAGCGUAGAACCAGACGCUAUUCAACCUUGUGAUCUUCUUAGAGAAACCUUUGAGAAGCGAGGGCAAACUGCAACCUUCAAGCAUUCAGAGGACCAAAAGUGGUAUUACCUGGACAAACAAACUACGGACGAAGUUACUGCUAUCAAGAUUUGGGAUAAUCUAGAUGGCGUGAGUAGAAUUUGUGCACAUGCUCCAUUCAAGAAUCCUGCAGCACCAAAGGAUAUAGUACUCAGUGAGAGCAUCGAAGUGAGAUGUUUGGUGUUGGAUGAGCCAGAGAGCAAGUGGUUCUCAGACUGCCCUUGCUGCAAAUCUCCGUGAACGAUGAAGGGGAUGGAGAUAUGAGUAAUUUUUUUAAUGUGGGAUUUGUAUAUAC